UCGUUCGUCAACAGGCCGCCCCUGCGUCCUGCUUCCGCUCGUGUUGUAGGGUGGUCAAGAGGAAGGAAUUGAAGAGCCAACAUGGGAGUAGAAAUUGAGACCAUAACUCCGGGCGAUGGACGGACAUUUCCGAAGAAGGGGCAGCGCGUCGUGGUGCACUAUGUCGGCACACUGGCAGAUGGGAAAGUGUUUGAUUCUUCGAGGUCCCGAGGAAAGCCGUUUAAAUUCAAGAUUGGACACCAGGAGGUUAUUCGUGGUUGGGAAGAAGGAGUAGCCCAGAUGAGUGUAGGUCAGCGGGCAAACCUGAUUUGCUCACCAGACUUUGCCUAUGGCAGCAAAGGGCACCCAGGGAUCAUCCCACCAAAUGCCACUCUCACCUUUGAUGUGGAGCUGAUCAGUCUGGAAGCCUGAAACUUGUGCACUCACUUUGUUUAAUUUCACUCAAAAUUUCAGGGUUGACUCCUAUCUUGGGAACAUGGAGGGAAAAUGUUAACAGAUGAUUCCUGCUCUUGAUCCCUGCAUAGGACCUAUGUGUAUAUCUACACAAGUUCCCUCUCCUUUCCUUUAGAUACAAAUUGUGUUGUGUCACUUGCUUUAAAACGUUAUCCUCCAUACUAUACUUUAGGUUCCAUGCAGUAAUAAGUCAUAGGCCAUCCCAUCCCAUGUAUUUUGUCAUAUUCUGCUAUGUAUUUUUAUGGUGUUUUUUUUUUUUUUUUUUUUAUUUGACUUAAAAAUUUCAAAUUGUCUACCAUCACGACCAGGUUUUAGAUAAGUGUCAUACGUAUUGAAUGAAUCUCAUUCCUGUGGCUCUGUGGCCUUUACACUACAAUUGUAUUGAUUGCGGGUAAUGAAAUGUCUUGAAUAACAAUAAAUAGUUUGACACAAUGAUA